GGUGGGGGAGGCGAUCGCCCUCCUAUCUCCAAAGUCGAAAGUACUCCGCGCAGUUAACAGAGCCCGGAGCCGAGGCAGCCGCUGCCGCCUCUUGCGCGUCGGUCUGCGCCUCUGUGCGGGGAGACGCGGCAUCCAGCGCCUGCCUUGUCGCCUCCGCCUCCGCGCCGGGACCAGUGCGCCUAGGGGUUGGGCGAGGCGGCCGCGCCCUGGACCCGCCACAAGGAGGAGGACUAGACCCCGGGCCCUGGCGCCCGCCAGCACUCAGACGCACCCACCCGCCGGCUACGGCCACAGCCUCGCGCCGCAAUCGGUCCUCUGCCAUCGCUUCUCCGCCGCCCCGCGCAUGAGGUCCUUGCCACCCUGCUCCCACCGCCGACUCUCUCCUUCCUCCUCCUUCUUUCCUCCCUGCCUUUCACCCACCCCUCGCCUGUCCCUCUGCCUCCUCCACAGCCCUGCCGCCGUUGGGUCGCCGUGCUCACAGCGAUUGAUUGAUUGAUGUUUAAUUUCCUGCCAGGCGGGGCCCCCCUCCCCUCGCAACCUCCCCAGCCCUCCUCCCCGCCCCCCAUUCCCCUCCUCCAUUGCGGUGGACCAGUCUGGCUUGGGUUUAGAUCCGUCCCCCCCAUUCUCAUCCCGAAAUAACCCAGAGACUUCCCCUACCCCCACCCCAAAUUAUUAUUUUGAAGGCGCUAGAUCUGGGGACGGAAAGGGGGAGGGGGAGAAAUCGGAAACCGAGGACAACCCAAAAGGACUCACUUUGCCUGAUGACUCAACGCAACUAAUAAUCAUCUCCCUCUCAGUGUGUCUCUCUCUGCGGCUUGUCAGUGAGUCCGACUCUGGCUGCUGGCAGAGGCGGCCGAGAGGGGAGAGGCUGGAGGUGACAGCUUGGGCGGCAGCCGCAUUUUCUUCCGCGCGCCGUCCGGGGUCCCUGCGCCUUCUCGGCUUUCGGUGGCACCGGUCUCACUGCUCCAGCCGCGCCUCCUCGCGAGCUAGGGGCACUGCGAACCCGCCGCCGCCGCCGCCGCCGCCGCCGCCGGCUCCCAGUUCUCAGCCCUUUCUCUCCAGAAUCGGUCUACUUCCCGAAGGUGUGAAAGGCUCUUUCAGCCUCCUCUCUUCCCCCUCCUCCGCCGUCCCCUCCCCCGCUCGCUCGGGUGCCCCUUUGGAGGAGUCCUCCUUUCCCUCUCCUCCUCCCCCCACUCCCCCCCCCCCCCAAUCAUCAUCAUAACAACCAUCUCCGCACCAGAAGAAGACACCCUGACCCAGGACCUUAAACGUUAGGACCCGGGGAAGAGGAAAAGGGAAGGAGUAAAGAGAAAGGAAGACUAGGAGAACACUGCAAAGCAAAGCACCAGAAACUUUCCACCCUGGAUUCUCUACUUUUGCUCCAUGGACAGAGCCCCAGUCAGCCAAGUUUCAGACAGACCGUAAGCAGUCCCUGCGCGUUUUAUUGCGACCUGCCGGUGGGAACUUUGUCUCCGAAUCGGAGCAGCAUGGAGCGGCGGAGCGAGAGCCCGUGUCUGCGGGACAGCCCCGACCGGCGGAGCGGCAGCCCCGACGUCAAGGGGCCUCCCCCGGUGAAGGUGGCCCGGCUGGAGCAGAACGGCAGCCCCAUGGGAGCCCGCGGGAGGCCCAACGGCGCAGUGGCCAAGGCCGUGGGAGGUUUGAUGAUUCCUGUCUUCUGUGUGGUGGAGCAGUUGGACGGCUCUCUUGAAUAUGACAACAGAGAAGAGCAUGCUGAGUUCGUGUUGGUGCGAAAAGAUGUGCUUUUUAGCCAGCUGGUGGAGACUGCGCUCCUGGCCCUGGGGUAUUCCCACAGCUCUGCAGCUCAGGCUCAAGGAAUAAUCAAGCUGGGGAGGUGGAACCCUCUCCCCCUCAGUUAUGUGACAGAUGCACCCGACGCAACAGUGGCCGACAUGCUACAAGAUGUCUAUCAUGUUGUGACUCUGAAAAUCCAAUUACAAAGUUGUUCGAAGUUGGAAGACUUGCCUGCGGAGCAGUGGAACCAUGCCACAGUCCGCAAUGCCUUAAAGGAACUGCUCAAAGAGAUGAACCAGAGCACAUUAGCCAAAGAAUGCCCUCUCUCCCAGAGUAUGAUUUCAUCCAUUGUAAAUAGCACAUAUUAUGCCAAUGUGUCAGCAACCAAGUGCCAGGAGUUUGGGAGAUGGUAUAAAAAAUAUAAGAAGAUUAAAGUGGAAAGAGUGGAACGAGAAAACCUUUCAGACUAUUGUGUUCUGGGCCAGCGUCCAAUGCAUUUACCAAAUAUGAACCAGCUGGCAUCCCUGGGGAAAACCAACGAACAGUCUCCUCAUAGCCAAAUCCACCACAGUACUCCAAUCCGAAAUCAAGUGCCCGCAUUACAGCCCAUCAUGAGCCCUGGUCUUCUUUCCCCACAGCUCAGUCCACAACUUGUCAGGCAACAAAUAGCCAUGGCCCAUCUGAUAAACCAACAGAUUGCCGUUAGUCGGCUCCUGGCUCACCAGCAUCCUCAAGCCAUCAACCAGCAGUUCCUGAACCAUCCACCAAUUCCUAGAGCAGUUAAGCCAGAGCCAACCAACUCUUCUGUGGAAGUCUCUCCAGAUAUCUACCAGCAAGUCAGAGAUGAGCUGAAGAGGGCCAGUGUGUCCCAAGCUGUCUUUGCAAGAGUGGCAUUCAACCGCACACAGGGAUUGUUGUCCGAGAUUCUGCGUAAGGAAGAAGACCCUAGGACAGCCUCUCAGUCUCUUUUAGUGAAUCUGAGGGCAAUGCAGAAUUUCCUCAAUCUUCCGGAAGUGGAGCGGGAUCGCAUUUACCAGGAUGAGCGGGAGCGGAGCAUGAACCCCAAUGUGAGCAUGGUCUCAUCGGCCUCUAGCAGUCCCAGCUCCUCCCGAACCCCUCAGGCCAAAACCUCGACACCGACAACAGACCUCCCUAUUAAGGUGGACGGCGCCAACGUCAACAUCACAGCUGCCAUUUAUGACGAGAUCCAACAAGAGAUGAAAAGGGCCAAGGUGUCCCAAGCCCUGUUCGCCAAAGUGGCUGCAAAUAAAAGUCAGGGCUGGCUCUGUGAACUGCUCCGCUGGAAGGAGAACCCAAGCCCAGAAAACCGCACCCUUUGGGAGAACCUGUGUACUAUCCGUCGCUUCCUGAACCUUCCCCAGCAUGAGAGAGAUGUGAUCUAUGAAGAGGAGUCUCGGCAUCACCACAGUGAGCGCAUGCAGCAUGUGGUCCAGCUCCCACCUGAGCCGGUGCAGGUCCUUCACAGACAGCAGUCGCAGCCUACCAAGGAGAGUUCCCCUCCCCGAGAAGAAGCGCCUCCCCCACCUCCUCCGACCGAAGACAGCUGUGCCAAAAAGCCCCGAUCACGCACAAAGAUCUCUUUAGAAGCCCUGGGGAUCCUCCAAAGCUUUAUUCAUGAUGUAGGCCUGUACCCUGACCAGGAAGCCAUCCACACCCUCUCGGCCCAGCUGGAUCUCCCCAAACACACCAUCAUCAAGUUCUUCCAGAACCAGAGGUACCACGUGAAACACCACGGGAAGCUGAAGGAGCACCUGGGCUCUGCGGUGGACGUGGCUGAGUAUAAGGACGAGGAGCUGCUGACGGAGUCGGAGGAGAACGACAGCGAGGAGGGCUCAGAGGAGAUGUACAAAGUGGAGGCCGAGGAGGAAGGCGCCGAGAAAAGCAAGGCCGCUCCCACUGAGAUCGACCAGAGAUAAUGUGAACUCCUACCAGGCAAAGCAAUACACCGGUCCAAGGAUUUUCUGUUUUAGUUUCUUUAAAAAAAAAAAAAAAAUUUUUUUUUUUUUUUGCUUUAUUUUUGUCUUUUUUGUCUUUUAUGUCUGUUUUAUUUUUCUUUUUAUGACAUUUCUUUGUUGCACAGGAUACACCUAUAGACUGAAUAAGUUCAGUAUUUCUGAAUCAGACAUCGCCUUGGCAAAGACACUAAAGUGUUACACUUUUACAAUUGACUGGACCAUAGUAAUUAUAAUCACAGGAGACUCUGCCUUCGUUAUCCUUGCACUUACGGAAGAGACAUCAGGCAAGUUCUAGGAUGAAAAGACCUACGAAAUAAAUGAAGGAAGCUACAAGUGUGUGUGUAUAUGUAUAUGUAUAUAUCUCUAUAUUUACAUAUAUAUAUUAAAAUUGCAUGGGACAGAGAACUUUACAAUCCGAAAGAAUAGACUGUGAAAUGAGUUCUUAAAGAAAAGACUUGUUUAUGUAUUAAAAAACCACUUCACAGUGAGUCGCUUUGGCUUUUUGAUAAACUGCGGCCUGCUCUCAGGGUGGGGUGACUAUUUUUGAAUUCCUAUUUAUUUUUUGUGUUUG